GGUACGCCCACCUUACUUGCGUAUACAUUUGGACGGUCUUAUAGUCAAAUCAUACCAAGAACUGACGAACUGAUAUGUGGCGGUGUGGUUACACGACACGUUUCAGCGUAUCCUUGGUUUUGGUCAUUCUGCUACCAUUAGCCUCUGGUUUAGCACUGUCAGGACUGUUUGGGAGCUUCACAUCACCAAACUUCCCGAACGUUUAUCCCAACAACCAGCGCAUGGUUUGGAAUAUCACAGGACCUGAAGGACACAGAUUACGCCUCUAUUUCACUUAUUUUAACCUUGAGCCAUCUCAUCGCUGUGAAUAUGACUACCUUCAGGUGUUCUCUGAAGGUAAUGAAACAGUCCGGUUCUGUGGCGAGGCAGAGAAAGAUUAUGGGGAUGCACCUAAAAACACUGUCAUCUAUUCUGCCACCAACACCAUGUCUGUGGUCUUCAGGUCAGAUUACUCCAAUGAAGUUCGAUUCACAGGAUUUCAGGCAUUUUAUUCAGCAGAAGACAUUGACGAGUGCUUGAACACUGUGGAUGGAGAACCAGCGUGUGACCAUAAUUGCCAUAAUUAUGUUGGGGGCUUUUACUGCACUUGCAGAUUGGGAUAUCAGCUCCAUGCUGAUAAGAGACACUGCACUGUUGAGUGUAGCGGGCAGGUGUUUCACAAGAGGUCAGGAGAACUUGGCAGUCCAGAGUACCCUGGCGUUUACCCCAAAAUGAGCCAGUGUGAUUACACAAUCAGUUUGAUGGAAGGCUUCCAAGUAACCCUGGACUUUCAGGACCCAUUUGAUGUGGAGACUCAUCCUGAAAUCCCCUGCCCUUAUGACAUCCUCAAGAUAACUGCAGGUGGGAGAGAGUACGGCCCGUUUUGCGGGAAGACCUCGCCAGACAAAAUAGAGACGGGCACACAUGAAGUGCAUGUGACAUUCGGGACAGAUAGUUCUGGGAAAAACAAAGGCUGGAAGAUCAAGUAUACAAGCACAGCCAAGCCUUGUCCAAACCCUGUGGCUCCUAAACACGGACAUAUUCAUCCCCUGCAACCUCAGUAUAUCAUGACGGACACGUUCAAUGUCACAUGUGAUCUGGGCUACGAGUUAAAUCUGGGGGAGGAAAGUUUGCCCUUUUAUCAAGCCACAUGCCUCAGGGGUGGCUUUUGGAAUGGACCGAUGUCUGAAUGCGUCAUUAUGGAUUGUGGAGAGCCCGUUCAGAUUUAUAAUGGAAGUGUGAAAUUCACCACAACCAUAUAUCAGUCUGUCAUUGAGUAUUCCUGCAAUGAAUUCUACACAAUGGAGGCUGGGACAAAUGGAGUGUAUACCUGCGCACACGAUGGCUACUGGAGAGAUGCCCUGGGAAGAAAAAUGCUUCCAAAAUGCUUACCAAUUUGUGGAAAGUCCAAAGAAAAACUUUCCAGGGUGAUUGGAGGAAAGAACGCUGAGAAAAAUGACAUUCCCUGGCAGGCCAUGAUACUGGUGGGCACCAAGUUCAUAGGAGGCGCUUCUCUCCUGUCAGAUGACUGGGCACUUACUGCUGCCCAUGUCCUGCAAAGCUACGAAGAUGCUACCAACCUAAAGCUGAAGAUGGGCAUAGUCAGGUAUCAGGAUGCAGAGGCAGUGGUUGCCAUUCCAGAGAAAAUCUUUAUUCACCCCGAGUACCAUCACGAUAACCUCAACUUCAACAAUGACAUUGCCCUGAUUAAACUGGAGAAUAAGGUACAUGUCAGUGAAGCUGUAAUGCCUGUGUGUUUACCUGGGAAAGACGAACGUUUUCUUUUGAGGGCUGAUGACAUCGGAAAGGUAUCCGGCUGGGGUGUGCGGAAUCCAAAUGUACGUGGAAUACAUUCCCUUCGUCUCCAGUAUGCACACUUACCUGUGGCUGAUUUUGAGAACUGUAAAGCCAAAUAUGACUCUACUGAGAGAGAUACAGGUAAACUAAUAGUGACAGAGAACAUGAUAUGUGCUGGGUAUGCUCAGGGAGGAGUAGACUCCUGUGAGGGGGACAGUGGAGGACCCUAUGUGUUUUUUGAUAGCCAUAAUCAAAACUGGUUUAUAGGCGGCAUUGUGUCAUGGGGUUAUGGGUGUGCCCAACCUGGAUAUUAUGGGGUUUAUACUAAAGUUAGCAAUUACCUUCCCUGGAUUAAUGAUGUCAUGUCCAAAAACAGUUAAUUUCCAAACAUGACUCUUUUG